AUGUCUUUAACAGAAACAAAUCUCGAUGAUACUUUGCCUCUCUUGGGCAGAGGAAAAGUCCGUGAUAUAUAUCAAAUCGACCCGUCUACUUUAUUGUUUGUUGCUACAGAUCGUAUAUCUGCUUAUGAUGUCAUCAUGGAAAACGGUAUCACCGACAAGGGGAAAUUGUUGACCAAGCUUUCUGAGUUUUGGUUUGAUUUUUUACCCAUUGAAAACCACUUGAUCAAGAAAGAUAUUUUUCAAGAAUAUCCACGAUUGGAAAAAUAUAGGGAUCAGUUGCAAGAUCGUGCAUUGAUAGUGCGUAAAUUGAAACUUAUUCCAUUGGAAGUGAUCGUUAGAGGCUACAUCACUGGAUCCGCGUGGAAAGAGUACAAAAAACUGAAAACAGUUCACGGAUUGCCGAUAGAUGAGGAAUUGGUGGAAUCACAAGAGUUCAAAACACCAAUUUUCACUCCCUCUACAAAAGCAGAACAAGGAGAGCACGAUGAAAACAUCUCGCCUGCUGAAGCUGCCAAGAUUGUUGGGCAAGAUUUAUGCGACAGAUUGGAAAAGACGGCAAUUGAUUUGUACGUACAGGCAAAAGAGUAUGCCAAAACCAAAGGUAUAAUUAUCGCUGAUACAAAGUUUGAAUUUGGAUUAGAUGAAAACAAUGAUAUUGUUUUGGUCGAUGAGGUUUUAACUCCGGAUUCGUCAAGAUUUUGGAAUGCCAGCACAUACGAAGUUGGAAAAUCGCAAGAUUCGUACGACAAACAAUUUUUAAGAGAUUGGCUAACUAGUAAUGGCUUGAAUGGUAAAGAAGGAGUUAAAAUGACGGACGAGAUCGUCGAAAAGACUAGAGAAAAAUACAUUGAGGCGUAUGAGCAAUUGACUGGUGAUAAAUGGAAAUGA